UAACUGCAUUUGCAUUGAGCAGGCUUUUCCCCCUCCACCUAGACUUGUUAUUGCACAACAUAAAGGCAGCAUAAAAUAUUUGCUCUCUGAUUCCACACAAAGAACUUCAGCUUUCUCAGGAAACGUAGAGCUCUUUGGAAGCCUGGUGUUCCACAAUGAAGAGCUUUCUGCCUUUCCUUGUUGCAAUGGGCACCAUGGUGACCCUAGGUGAUGCAGGCUGCUUUACUGUACGUCAGGAUCCAGGGAGGCCCUACAGAGGCUGUAUGAUGAAUGGAAAACUGUAUCCCUUUGGAAAAAUUGAGAGGACAGAAGAUUGCUACAAAUGCAGCUGCACGAAAAAUGAAAUGGAAUGCUGUUCCAACUUUCAUAGUCGUGCUUCCUACGACAAAGAGAAAUGUAAGGUUGUUAUUGACAAGAAGCGCUGUGACUAUGAUGUGGUGAUGAAGGAUGACCCCUCAAAGAGAUGUGUUAGCUAUUCUCGCGUGGGCUAACACCUGCUCCAAGCCUUUCUGCACUGUGGAAUUCCUCACCUUUCUACACAUGCUUUGCCAUCACGGAGAAGCACGAUGACAUGGGAAACUCUCAUAAAACAGAGCACUUCAGUAGCUGCCUUCUAACCUCCUAAGUGCUGUAAUUCAGCUUACAAGAUGCAUAAUCAGAUAGAGUGCCUCAUUUCUGUCAUUACUGCAUUUGUUAACUACAAUAAAUUGAGAUGAAACAUCCAUAAA